AUGGGGUCCGGCAGCAGCAGCCCCAGGAGCCACGAGGAGGGUGCCGGGGCAGGAGACGACAGAGAGGGCGCCAUGUUCGAGCAGCGUCCCCCACACUGCCGCCUGGAGGGCAAGAACCAGGUCUCCUCUGACGACGAGUUCACUGACGUCUCUUACACUGACCUCGGCCACAUCAUCACUCCGCAGGCCAAGAAGCUUCCAGUCAACAACAAUUACAAGAGCAGUCGCGACGGUGCGGCGGCGGCGCCCCAGUCUUCACACCACUCCACCCCGACGCCCCCCUCCGCUACUGACGAGAGCUACCUUGACAACGACUGUGACCUGGUGAGCAGCGAGGUGGACAGCGGCCACCCGGGAGCCUCCAGCAGCGUCGCUAGCAGCAACAAGGGCAGUAAGAGUAGUUUUGGAUCAUCGCAGCUGCCUGGAGCCGCCACCCAGGAUUACUCUUCAUCUACCAACCUGGGCGACCUUCAAGUGGAGGAGAUCACCUCGUAGUGUCCCGCCAGCCUCCACCACCAGCCUCCACUACCAGCCUCCACCACCAGCCUCCACAACCAGCCUCCACUACCAGCCUCCACCACCAGUCUCCACUACCAGCCUCCACUACCAGC